AUGGCCACCGAUCCAAAGCUGGCGCCGCUCGCCGACGACUUAAAGGAACUUGCUCUCUCUUUGCCCACGAGCGUCUUUCCCAAAGCCUUCUUCUGCGCUCUGUGCAGCGAGCUUGCCAUCGACUCGUACAAGCUAUUGUGUUGCAACAAAGCUAUCUGCACACCAUGUCAGGCGAAGCUUUCGUUUCCUACGACCUGCCCGUCAUGCGACCAUUCGCCGCUCGAAGCCGACUCCUGCACGCCAAACAAGUCUCUGCGCAACACCAUGCGCAUCUGGCUGCAGAAGCAGAAGAAAAAAGAGGAGGCGAAGGCGGCUGCGCAAGCCGCUACACCUGUACCGGAGACCACGCCUGCUGCAACAGAUGCGCCGUCUGAGGUGGGGGGUGCAGACAAACCGAUCGACAGCGUCGAAGAGGCACCGGCAACAGAUGAUACACCUGCAGAACCCGCUACAGCUGCCGCAGAUGCUGGAGAAGGAGAAAAGCGAACAGUCUCCGCUUCCGCGCAGCCAAACGAGGAUCCUAGCGCCCUUGAUAAUGAUGAUCCGGAGCGACGUGGCAGCCUGGUUUCGCAAACUGCGAAGCAAAGCGUGGAGCCAUCUGCUGCGAAUGCGACUUCUGAUGAACAAACCACUACCAAUGGGCCAGCCGGCAUGAUGGGCAACAACUCCACGAUGAAUGGUAUGCAGGGUCCGAUGGGCUUUGGCUUCCAAGGCCAAGGCAACUUUGGCGGCAUGGGUUUCAAUGGCAUGUCCAAUAUGAUGGGCAACGCCAAUUGGAACAACAUGAACUCCAUGGAUUAUAACAUGAACAACUCGAACGGCAUGUACAGCAACUUUGGUGGAAACAUGGGCAUGGGGAUGAACGACAUGUCCGCCAUGAACAUGAUGAACUACGGUGGCGGUUACGGCAACGGGUGGAAUGGCAUGGGUGGGGGCUAUGGAAACUUCAACGGGUUCAACCAGAUGGGUGGAUAUAAUCAAUCUGGAGCAUAUCCCGAGAUGAUGAACCAAUUCCCCAAGAAUAAUUUCCAAACCCAGAACCAGAACCGUUUCCCUGCCAAUCAAGGGGGCACCCUUCCUCAGCGAAACAAUAGGACUGGGAGUCAGGGAGGCUCAGUUUCUGGGGCUGGAGGUCAACAGAAUGCCAGUAGUCGUCCUGGAAGCCGCAGUGGUCCUGCACAAAACCGUGAGGGUGAGUCGCGUGUUGCAUCGAAUGAUGCAGCUGCCGAACCGAGACUAGAUGACGAGCAAGACACCGCUGUCAAGUCCACGGAAGAAGGUGACGAUAACGAAACCGGCGCGCAAGAUACUGCGCCAGCCAUCAAUGCUUUUGGUGAGAUAAGCAGUGUCACGGAGAAUGCCAACGAUACUACUAUAACAGGAAGCCAACCGAACGGAUCUACAAAGUCCAACGGCCUCCACCAGAUACAGACCGUCGAAAUUGAAGAUGGAGGGUACGAUCAAUCGAUGAUAGGCAUUGGCAUGCAGCCAAACAUGGGGUAUGCCAAUGGCAUGAUGAAUCAGUUCCCUAACCAAAUGCAAAUGAACGCGCCUUUCGACCCUAGCAUGAACAUGGGAUUCCACCAGAACAACAACUUUGGUCCUCGUGGCGGCUUCAAUGCAGCGUACGGUGCUGCUACGGUUUUGACUGGUGAGCCACAAGGCCGUGGUGUGGAAGGUGCGCCCACAGGCCCGCGAGCGAUGCGCGAAGGCAGGCCGAAUACUGGCUUCUCAAGUCGUAUGAACAACGUGCGCUACCACCCGCCACCGAAGAGCGUUACGCCUGCGCAAAGUGCCAGUGGUCGUAGUCCCCAGCGCCGAGUUCGAAGUCGCUCCCCUCUGCGAGACGAAAGUCUUCGUACCAAAGACAAGUCGGUGUCACGAUCAAGAUCGAGAUCUCGCGCACGAGAUGAAGGCACAGACGACCGCCGAGAAGGAUCGCGUUCAGCAGACCGCGAAUCUAAGCGGGAAGGCAGGGGACGCUCAGCAACGCCGCAGGCUGACGAUGACUAUGAACGUCGCAAAGACCGUCGACUUCACCGCUCAUCGCGAAAUGAUGAUCGCGAAGAACACCGUGAUGACAGGGGCAGUCGAGGUGAUAGAACUCGUAGCGCCUCGGCCGACUCGAAAUAUCGCAACAGUCGCCGCGAUAAAGAUAAACACCGCUCAUCCCGCUCACACCGUGAUCGCAGUAAGGAACACCGCCGUCGGCACCGCUCGCGCUCUCUCGCCGAAGAGAGCAAGCACGACGAUGAUGCCUAUGCCAACGGUGAGCGAGACUCAGAAUCUGGUUCGCGACGUAAGCACAGAAGCGAUAAAGACAAGCACCGUGACAGGUCACGCGACAAGGACCGCGAGCGAGACAGGCGUGACCGCAGAGAUCGAGAGAAAGAGUAUGAUUAUGAGCGUGAGAAGGAUCGAUCAAGAGAGAAAGACAAAGAGCGUAGGCGUCGACGUGACCACGAAGGAGAAGAUGAGGAGCGCGACUAUGAAGACGACAAGCAUCGCUCGUCUCGACGAAGCCGCAAGGAUCGCGACCGGGAGGAUCACAGUCAAGACGACCGCGAUACCAAGAGCAAGCGUCCCGCAGAAGACGAUGUGGUUGGCAAGAUGAUGCAGAAGCGUGCUGUGUCUCCGCCUCUAAACGCGCCCACUGGCCCCUCGGCAAACACUUUCUCGAUCAAGGGUGCGGGCCGAUCAAAACCUACUGUUAUGCCACCACCGCAGCCUCCGACCGGCCCUCGCAAUUUCCAGCCUCCAAAAGGUCCUGCUGCAGACCGCGACAAAAUCAAACGCCGUAGAAAAAGCAGUGUCUCUUCCGUACCAUCAGCACCAGGCACACCGGCCGAGCUCACGCCACAAGAUCACUACGCUGCUGAGCGCGAGAAGAAUGCCCGCGAGCGCAACAGCCGCGACCGUGUAGACCGCGACCAGCGCGAUGUCCUAACCAAGAGCUUACACUCGCACAUCCACUCCUCCCGACCCUCAGUCUCCUCGAAACGCUCGCAUGACGAUGUAGAAGAGGUCCAGGACGCACCUCGCGGACCCAGCAAGAUGGAGGUCAAGGCACCCACGGGGCCAGCCUCGCAUCGCGACAAGCGGAGGAAGUCUGGGGCUGGAGGCGACAACAGCAUUGCCAAUCUUUUUACUGCCGGUCUGCGGAAGAACGCAGGCAGGUCGAGAAGGGGCGGUGUCAGGACCGAGGGCGAUGUGGAGCGAGAGAUGGAGCGGGUAGAACGCGAGAGGGACAGACGUUAG